UUCUCUUUACGCACUACCGUCAGGGAGGCAGAGUAAAAGUAGGGACAGUCCGUUUAAAAGUGUAACUGAAAGUAUCUUAUCUUUUCAUCAAGAAAAGGAGGCUACCACGCUAUGGAGGUUGUCGAGAAAAGCAAAAUACAAUUCGAGUAGAAAGGAAUAGUGGAGAUUCCCAUGCGUAAAGGUUGAAGGGACGGCAUCUUUGGAAGAUUAACUUUAAAAAAAAAUCUAAGUCGUAACACAUACCGAAGGAAAUGGCUAUUUCUUGGAUUUACAAAGUUUGGAUCCUGCUACUACCCAUUUUUGAUAGCGCUGUGUCCAGUUAUUCCGAAGACCAAUGCAGCUGGCGAGGGAGUGGUCUGUCCCAGCAGCCAGGCAGUGUGGAGCAGAUCUCCCUCCACUGCUCGGAGGGUGCUCUGGACUGGCUCUACCCUAAGGGGGCGCUUCGCCUCACCCUGUCCCCCAGGUUGACUUCUGCGGCGGUGGGGCCGGGGGGCAGCAGCUCAGGCCUGAUCACGGCCUGCGUCAAGCCCUCGGAGCACUUCCACGGGGCCCAGCUCUACUUGGAGAGAGACGGGGUCCUGGAGCUCCUGGUAGGGGACCGUCUGGAGACGUCUCCCCCACCCCGGGUGCGCUGCUUCAGCCGCUUGCCCGGCGAGAAGGUAGCCCUCUUCCUCCAGGCCACGCCUCACCAGGACAUCAGCCGCCGCAUUGCAUCGUUCCGCUAUGAGCUGCGAGGUGAUUGGACGGCACGCCUGUCACUCGACUCGAACCCCAUCAUCAGUAAUGAAGGUGCCUGCAGACCCUGUAACAACACAGAGCUCCUUAUGGCCGUCUGCACCAGUGACUUUGUGGUGCGUGGUAACAUCAAGGCAGUGGACGAGGACAGUGAGCUACGGGCGGCUGUAAUCAAAGUCAGCGCCACCCAAGUGUUCCGCCAGAAAUACACCCUGUUUACCGGCACCGGCCGUUUGACCCGCACGGGCGAGAUCCGGACCCUGCUGCAGUGCGGUGUCCGGCCUGGGGUAGGCAGCUUCCUCUUCACCGGCCGCGUCCACUUCGGUGAGGCAUGGUUGGGCUGCGCCCCCCGCUACAAGGACUUCCUCCAGGCCUACGCUCAGGCCAAGUUGGCCCAGCAGCUACCCUGUGAAAUGGCUGUGGACUGACCCGAGCCACCCCAAAUCCCACCUGACUACUCCCCUGAAUGAGGCUGUCCUGUGAGGCAAGCCCUAACUCGAUCAGCCCCCCCUUGCCUGUCAUUUGGUUUGCCAUACCUCAGAGUGAAAGGUGAGGAAGAUGGAAGCCUAUCCGAUGAUGCAGCUGUGGGCCGACCCUGCCAUGAAGGUCCCGUUGGAUGCAGUCUUCCCCCAAAGACUGAGGAGUUGGGCAUGGACAUUUGUAGCACCAUUCCCAGUGCAAUAUACAGUCCUGUUAAAAUAUGAAGGACACUGUGGACGAGAUGAGAUUAAAGCAUUCGGCACAGGACACAUUUUCCAAAAAUGCUUAUUCAGAAUUCUCACAAGAGCUUUCCGUAACAACAAGCAGAAAUUUGUCAGGAAUGGAUUCAGAGCUAUUGAGUGUGAAUUUGUGUCUUUUAAACUCAGGGAAAUAUGUGGAAAAUUCUGUGGUGAAGUUAGCAUCUGUUUGGAAGUCACGUAAUUGUUAUCCCAGUGUUCAAGUACAAGGCUGUUGUUUUUCUAUGGUGGUCUUCAAAAUGGCCACUCAUUUUCCUUCAAUGUUUUGUUUCGGAAAACUGGGGGAAAUGUAUCCUUUUGUGUCCAAGAUUUUCUCACAAUUUUAUAGUUGAAAGAAACAAUGGGGGACUAUUCUCAGUGUUGCAAUUAUUUAUUGGAGAUUAGGGUGGGUCUUUCUUUAUUCAAGGAUUAAAGAAAAAAAAUCGUAAUUUGCACUAAUAAGGGAAAGGGAAUGAUCUGGAAAGUCUGAUGCUGCAAGCAAUGAAAACCAAAUGAAAACCUGACUAUAUGUAGCGUAGAAGAGGAGUGAUCAGAACGUAAUAAAUGUACAGAUAUUGCUAGCGCAUGAUAGUGCUACGCUAGGGUUAGCACAUGUUAACGCUAGGCUAGCACAUAUUAAUGCUAGGCUUGGGCUAGCGCAUGUUAGCGCGAGGCUAAAGCUUGCACAGCAGGUUCAAAGCACGAUAAACUCUGCAAACUAGUGAUGAACGUGCUUUCACGACAAUAGCCAACUCUGAGAUUAUUAUUUUUUCGAAGUACACAGAAGGCAAUUCUGCCUUUUUGAACCCUGUUUAAAUAUUUUCAGUGGUAUUUAUAAUACAGUUUACUUCAAGACUUAAUUGUGAUAUCUCAGUUUGGUUGAAAACCUUUGUUACCUUUUAAUAUGCUGUCUGAGAAACAUUGAUUUUAAUAUUUGAAAACCCCUUAUUUCGAGUUUACCGUAAUUACGUUACAACAGUGUUGCCCGUUACAGCCAUUUCGUAGCUAUUCAUACCUAUUUUGUAACUGUAAGCCUAAGAGAAAAGCUGUCUGCAAAAAACAAGCUGCAAAAUACUACCAAAACAGAUAAUGAGAUGCUAUAAGGUCUACUGGCCCAGAUUUAUGUCAUUGUUCAAAGUUAAAUACCCUGGAUCUAUCCCAAGAUCGAAAAAGGGGGUGAAAUUAAAAAACAAAAAUACAAUCUAGUCCAAAUAUCAAUAAUUAAUUCUUACAGCAGUAUUAAAUGUAUUUGCAUGAUACUCUUUCAAACAGCUUUGGGGUUAGCGGUAAGCAUCUCUAGACUAGCAUGCAAAAGGAACAAAAAAUUAAUAUCCAUGGCCAUGAUGGCUUGUCAAGUUAUGUUGUCUUAUGUGUACUAAAUGGAUGAAGGGAGCAGUUAACACCAAAUUAAGUUGAUGUGCUGGAGCGGUAUGUACACAAAAAGCAGAAAACUGCCAUGCUUGCUGAUAUUGUCAAUUGUUUCUAUGUGAGUGUAAUUGUGUGUUAAUACCAAUGUGAAUGUUAUUAUGUAUAUAAGAAAUUCUAGAAACAAAAAAACAACUUAUGGAGGAAAGUGUUUGUAUGUGGUCUGUGAUAUAAAAAGGCUGAAAAGCACAUUUGAAUGUUA